UACGAUAUCCGAUUAGACUUUUUAUUGCAACGUGUUAGUUGUCGAUUUGAUGUUAAGAUAUCCGAUAGGAUUUCCUUUCUAUAUCAAACAUUUUAAAUAUCUUAUUUGUUCACACAUUUUAUCAUCCCCAAUUUCUAUCAUUUUCAUCUUUAUUUCAAUAUGCAUCGUAAUCAAGGUAUUUUAACAACUUUCUUGUCCGACUUUGAUUCUGUUGAUCUCGAGAAGCAAGUAGAAGCAACAUAAAAGGAGGAGGCCGAGAGAGAAAGACAACACACAAAUCGUCGUGGUUUAGUUUCUGAUAGAUGCGUCAUUAAUCGCGAUAGAGUAUGCAGUUCCUACUUUGUCAAAAAAAAAAAAAAAAAGAUGCAGUGGGGCUCCCUGGUUUAUCAUCUUCAUUUGGUAAUUUGUCUCGAUUGCUCCAAGUCAACGAGCAACGUGGAUUUCCAACUUAGAAGUAUCGAUUGCAUGCAUUGGGAUUGAAAAACUGUCCAUCCGCAUAACAGGUACGUACCCUGGUCAUUAUCGUAAACCUACUAUUAUAUUGAAGGCGGUUGCUUCACAAUAUCUUUGGAUAUGGCAUGCCUUCUUUGGAAUUCCAGACUCGCUCAAUGGUAUUAAUGUUUUUUAGAAAUAUCUCAUAUCUUCUCAGCAUUAACCAACGGUCGUGCAUCUCCGAACAAUUUUAUUGUCAAUGGACAUAAUUAUCAUAAAGGUUAUUAUCUAGCAGAUGACAUUUACUCUUCAUGUGCUACUUUUGUGAAGACAAUACUAGCUCCAGGAGGUUUAAAGGCGAAGUAUUUUGCACAAGCCCAAGAAGGCGCGAAAAAAGAUGUAAAACGGGGAUUUGGGAUACUAUAAGCUCGUUACAAUAUAGUUCGUGGACCAGCAAGAUUUUAGGAUAAGGAGACACUAGCUAAUAUGAAGAAAACGUGCAUUAUAAUGCAUAACAUGGUUAUUGCGGAUGAAUAUGGCCCAGGUUCCAUUGAUUUUGAUUUUCCAACACCAAAUAUUAUAUCUUCACUGAACAAACAAAUGAGUUUAGAGAGUUUAUUCAAAUUCAUCACCAAAUACGAGAUCGUACAACUCAUUCCCAACUACUCGUGUGAUCUUCUUGAGAGCAUUUAUAGAAUUUGCAAGGUCAAAAUUAGUCUUAAGUAUCAAUUGCAAACAAUGUACGUCUCCUUUACUUUAUUUUUGUUGUAUUUUAUUGCAACUUAAAUUAUGUCUUUAAAUUUGUUUGGUGCUUGUCAUUAAAUUUUUCAAACACCCAGCAAAAAUUUACUUCAUCGCUUGAGAAAGCCAAAAAGUUGAUCACAAGUUCGGCCAUUUGAUUUUUGAGCAAGAGAGAGGGAGUAAAAUGUCGAAGCUUGUUACCCGCACCUUCAAUUACUACUCAUGUCGACAUUUGUACCGGUGCAGCCAGCAUUUUCGCACAUUUUCCACCGACGGCGACGGAAAAACUAAACCGGAGACGCCGGGGGGCGUCGGCGGCGGUUACGAUGACGAAAAAUAUCCUAGCGGUGAGUUUGUUUUCAGGCAGAGAAAUUCCCGGGAGAACUUUGGGGUGAAGACUAGGCUGCUUUUUGCUUGGCCUUGGGAACGCUUCCAGAGAGGCAGUGUGCUUCAGAUGAUUCUGCGCGGAGAGAUAUCUGAUCAGCUGAAGAGAUUUUCCAAAUCACUCUCUCUACCUAAAAUUUGUGAGAAUUUUGAGAAAGCAGCUUAUGAUCCUCGUGUAGAGGGUAUUUACCUCCAUAUCGACUCACUGAAUUGUGGGUGGGGAAAGCUAGAAGAGAUUCGCAGGCAUAUUUCAGAUUUUAAGAAAUCAGGUAAGUUCAUCAUAGGAUAUAUGCCUGCAUGUGGAGUCAAAGAGUACUAUAUUGCCUCUGCUUGCGAUGAGCUUUAUGCUCCACCAUCUGCUUAUGUUGGGUUGUAUGGGUUACUUGCUCAGGCAUCGUUUCUUGGAGGCGUGCUUGAGAAAGUUGGAAUUGAAGCACAGGUAGAACGGAUUGGUAAAUAUAAGAGCGCCGGAGAUCAACUCACACGUAAAAGUAUGUCUAAUGAGCACCGUGAGAUGCUGACUACUUUGCUUGACAACAUUUAUGGCAAUUGGCUUGACAAAAUCUCACUUGCAAAAGGAAAGAAAAAGGAGGAUAUUGAAAAAUUUAUCAAUGAAGGAGUUUAUCAAGUUGAGAAAAUGAAAGAAGAAGGCUUAAUAACGGAUGUCAAGUAUGAUGAUGAGGUUAUAUCUAUGUUGAGAACACGACUGGGAAUUUCAAGUACUAAAAUACUUCCAACCGUUGGGUACAGGAAAUACUGUAAUGUCAGGCGAUCGACUCUAGGCUUGACUGGUGGUAAAGACCAGAUAGCUAUAAUUAGAGCCUGUGGAAGCAUUAGCCGGACUCAAGGCCGUUUUAAGACGCCCAGCUCAGGGAUUGUUGCUGAACAAUUCAUUGAGAAGAUUCGAAGUGUAAGAGCUUCAAAAAAGUAUAAGGCUGUUAUCAUCCGGAUUGAUAGUCCUGGAGGAGAUGCCCUUGCUUCUGAUCUAAUGUGGAGGGAAAUAAAACUUUUGGCUGCUACUAAGCCUGUUAUUGCAUCAAUGUCCGACGUAGCUGCUAGUGGAGGGUACUAUAUGGCAAUGGCUGCAGACACUAUAGUUGCAGAGAACCUAACGUUAACUGGUUCAAUUGGAGUUGUGACAGGAAAGAUCAAUUUAGGGAAGUUAUAUGAGGAUAUUGGCUUCAAUAAGGAGAUCAUAUCAAGAGGAAAAUACGCAGAACUUGUUGCAGCUGACCAUCGACCAUUCAGAGCGGAUGAAGCAGAACUUUUCGCUAAGAGAGCUCAGGAUAUGUAUAAAGGUUUUGUAGAGAAGGCAGCCAUUUCACGAUCAAUGACGGUGGAGAAGAUGGAACAGGCUGCACAGGGAAGAGUUUGGUCUGGUCAUGAUGCAGUUUCACUCGGUCUGGUCGAUGCUAUUGGUGGACUUUCUCGGGCUGUAGCAAUAGCAAAACAAAAGGCCAACAUACCAUUAGACGAACAGGUGACUCUUGUUGAGGUGUCAAGGUCGUCUACAUACCCGCUUGAAAUUUUAAUGAACAUGGGAAACAGUGUUGUUGAAGCAGACGAAGCAGUUAAAGAGUUGAUACAUGAGAUGGGGUCGUCUAAUGAUGUUCAAGCUAGAAUGGAAGGCAUUUUGUUUGAGAAAAUGGACGGAUCUCCUUAUGCCAACUCUAUCUUCGCCUUAAUCAAACAUUAUUUAAGGUCCCUUUGAUACUAUGUUUUGGUAUCCUUUUCUUAGUUGUCAAGACUCUUCCAACAUUUUAAGGAACUUUUCGUCUAUUUGGGAGGAAAUUAUGUGGUGGGGGUUUCUUUAUCAAUGAAAAUAUUGGGUUGCUGUCUUUUUAGGCACUAAUUAGAGCAUCUCAAGGAAGAAGAAAUACAAUACAACUAUUCGUUGAGUAAAUUUGCACAUUUCGGUUAUC